ACAUUUCGCGUGCUCCGCCUUUAACAAAGCGACAACUAAAUUGUUGGAAGAGGCAUUAAUAAUGUCAACACAGCAGUAGAGCAAUUAAUUGUUAAAAAACAACACUCAAUUGAACACCAAUCAGCGAUGGAUUUCACGACCUUCGUUAAGCCUUCAAAUGGCGGUGCCAAUGAAAGCGACGACACAAGUAAAUUGCAAUUUUGGAAGCAUGUGAAAUACAUUGAGAAUCAUGGGAAGCAGGAGGACGAUUACGAGUACUGCAUGACCGAGUUCCUGCGCAUGUCCGGGAUCUUUUGGGGCGUCACGGCGUUGGACAUAAUGGGUCAGCUGGACCGGCUUGAUCGCAAGUCCAUCAUUGAGUUCGUCAAGCGCUGUCAGUGCCCGGUCAGCGGCGGAUUUGCGCCCUGCGAGGGUCACGAUCCGCACAUGCUGUACACGCUCUCCGCCAUCCAGGUGCUGGCCAUCUACGAUGCGUUGGACGUCAUUGAUUGUGAUGCCGUGGUUCGUUUCGUAGUCGGUCUGCAGCAGCCCGACGGCAGCUUCUUUGGCGAUAAGUGGGGUGAGGUGGACAACAGGUUUAGCUUCUGUGCGGUAGCCACGUUGACGCUGCUCAAACGCAUGGAGCAGACCAUCGAUGUAGAGAAGGCAGUCAAGUUUGUCAUGUCAUGCUGCAACCAGACCGAUGGGGGCUUCGGCUCCAAGCCAGGCGCUGAGUCACAUGCAGGCCUCAUCUAUUGCUGUGUGGGCUUUCUCUCCCUUACCCAUCGGCUGCAUCUGCUGGACGUCGACAAGCUGGGCUGGUGGCUCUGCGAGCGGCAGCUGCCCUCGGGUGGACUUAACGGUCGCCCCGAAAAGCUGCCCGAUGUGUGCUACUCCUGGUGGGUGCUCUCAUCGCUGACGAUUAUGGGUCGCUUGCAUUGGAUUAGCUCCGAGAAACUGCAGCAGUUUAUACUCUCGUGCCAGGACACGGAGACGGGCGGCUUUUCGGAUCGCACGGGCAAUAUGCCCGACAUAUUCCACACGCUCUUUGGCAUUGGCGGCCUCUCCCUGCUGGGCCACCCCGGCCUGAAGCCCAUCAAUCCGACGCUCUGCAUGCCGCAGUACAUCAUCGACAGGCUGGGCAUUCAGCCGCAAGUGCUGAACCAGGCAUGAAAUGGAGCAAACCUGAUGAUAUUAAGACAAAAGCUAUAGCCAAUGUUAAAUGAUUAAUUUAUAGAACGGAUACCUUAAAGAGCCCAAAAACAAAUCGUACGAUUCUA